UCUCUGUCUCUCGCUAUUCUAAACCGAAUCCCUAAACUCUCUACCGGCAGCGUACAUCGGCCAGCCGCGGGAAUACAACCAGUCCGUCGGCCGCCAUCCUUCGUUCGAAUAUUGCCAGGCGGUCGGCCAUUCUAUUCUUCCGGCAACACGAAGGUGAUUAUAUAAAGUUCAGGUUGUCUAAAUGGGGCUGAAUUUAUUUGAGCAAAAUGAUGAUGUAGAGGACAUUUCAAAAAUUAAAGUUAGCAAGGAAUUUGCUUGCAAGUAUGACUACAACAAAAGGCGGGAGGAUCUACAGAGAUUGGAGGAGUUGAAGAAAAAAGGUCUUGCAGGUGAUUCCUCAGGCUCAGAGGGUUCGUCCGAUGCUGAAACAGAGGAUGAUGAAGGACUUCUACUGCCCAAGAAUGAUUUGAAAUUUUAUGAAGCCCUUGUGAAGGUGAAGAGGAAUGAUCCUUCUCUUUUGCAGAAAGAUGUGAAUCUAUUUCCUUCAGAUAACGAGGAUGAAGAUGACAAACAUGAAGGUAAGAAAGCAAAGGAACCAAAAAAGAAGCCUCUCUACCUGAAAGAUGUAGUUGCUAAGCAUUUGGUCGAGAAUGGACCAGAAAUCAGGGAGGAUCUACAUAGGUUGCCUCCAAAAACUUAUUCUGAAGAACUGGAGGAAUAUCGACAGGCUGUUCUGGAUGCCACAGAAGAUGCCGUGGACGAAGAUGGAGAUUUUUUCAAAGAAAAGAAAGUCAAGAAGGAAGCUUACAUUGAUGGAAACAACGAGAUGUCAAAGAUUCUUGGCGAGUGCUUUGAACCAGACGAGUCAGCUUUCUGGAGAGAUUACUUAGGGAAAAAGAAAUGGAUCUGUGAAGGCGACAAGGAAACUCUUCUGGAGGAAGAUGUUGGUCUCUCUGAGGAUGAGAAAGCACUGGAGGAGCAAGACAGAUACGAAUCAGAAUUUAACUUUAGACAUGAAGAAGCUCCCACUGAUCAAGUGUUGGGGUUCUCGCGGCAUAUUGAAGGGACUGUAAGGAAGAAAGAAAGUGCUAGAAAAAUGCAGCGGAUAAGGAAAAAGGAAAGGCUUGCACAGGCAGAGUUUGAAAGGAAGGAAGAAUUGAAGCGUCUGAAGAACAUUAAAAAGCAGGAACUUUUUGAAAAGCUUGAUAAAAUUCGUAGUGUGGCUGGAAUUGCUGAUGAGAAAGAUUGCGGUUUGACCGAAAAGGAUUUAGAAGGUGAGUUUGAUCCAGAUGAAUUUGAUAGGAAAAUGAACGAGAUGUUUGAUGAUGAAUAUUACCAGGCAGAGGAUGCUGAUGCUGAUUUUCAUAGUGAUGGAAUAGAUGAUCUAGAAAAACCAAAUUUCGAGAAAGAGGACGAGUUACUUGGGCUCUCAAAAGGUCUGGAUGAGCCGGUACCUAGUGAAGGGUUUUUAGCAGCAAGAAUGAAAGUACUGAAAUGUAAGGAGGGUAAGCAUGCUGAGGCCACCGAAAGUGACAUGGAAGCCAUUGGAGAUGACGAUGAUGUGGAAGAGCACUAUGAGGGCAAGAAGAAAAAGAAAGUCAAAUUUUCUCUAGCAGACAAGGUUUCAUUGGAGAAAGAGUUAGAUGAGUACUAUAAGUUGGAUUAUGAAGACACUAUUGGUGAUCUAAAAACACGAUUUAAGUACCGAGAAGUGCUAUCUAACAGAUACGGCCUUAGCACAGCAGAGGUUUUGAUGGCAGAUGAUAAGGAUUUGAAUCAGUAUGUGUCUUUGAAGAAACUUGCUCCUUAUAGGCCAGAUGAAUUUAAGAUCCCAAAACACAAAAGGUAUAACUACAAACAAAAGAUACUUUUGUCCAUAGAAGAGGGCUCGAAAGACAAGGGCUCUAAAAUAAAAAAGAAGUCCGAGGCCGAUCAGCAUGAACAGGAUGGGGGAUGCUCUAAAAUAAAAAAGAAGUCCAAGGCCGAUCAGCAUGAACAGGAUGGGGGAUCUGUUUCACAGUCUCUUGAGGAAAAUCCACAAGAAGAACCCUCAAAUGGUGAAGACCCUCAGUUGUCCAGCAGGGCUAAAAGAAGGAGAAGGCAGGCCAAAUUGAAGAUAUCACAGUCGCGGCUUCAGGCUUAUGGACAGAUACCUCCCAAGUCCAAGAAGCCUAGGAAACAUUAGCUUCCUGAUGAUUAGAAGUAAUAUCUAUCUGUAAUUUUUCAAGUCCCUGCCUGUCUCAUACUGAAUUCAAGUGAGAGCUCCUCUGUUUGGGUUGGCUUCUGUUGGAAUGAGCUAUGUCGGUCGGAUUAAUUUGUUCAGUACAGGUGUGCUGGUACCUUGCAUGGCUAAUUUCAAGCUCUCUUCCGGUGUCCAUGUGUGUUUUCUUGUGGGAGGUGCUCGACAUGCAUGCAGAGUGUGCGUGGGGGCAGAGCCAAGGAUUCUCUCUCUCUAUCUCUCUCUUUUGUUGGGUGGGUUAUUGACUUAUUUUUUACUGUUUAACGUAUUUUUUUAAACACAUUUUUUGUGACUAUGCUUGCUCCGCAUUCUAUUCUAUAGUUUGUCAGUGCUAUUCUCA